CUUCCUUGCAUGCUCAGACCAAGUUCGGCAGAAUUUAGUGAAGAUGCCUGUGACUGCAGCAGCUUCACAGGAGGACCAAGAAAAACUCUUGGAUGAGGCCAUUCAAGUUGUGAAGUCUCAGUCAUUUCAGAUGAAACGAUGUAUGGACAAGGGAAAGCUUAUGGAUGGCUUGAAACACGCGUCAAACAUGCUAAGCGAACUGCGAACUUCGAUGCUUUCACCAAAGAGUUAUUACGAGUUAUAUAUGGCAAUAUCUGACGAGGUGCGACAUCUCGAACUUUUCCUUGUUGAUGAGUUCCAGAAGGGCCGCAAAGUAGCAGAUCUUUAUGAACUGGUUCAGUAUGCUGGAAAUAUUGUCCCAAGAUUGUAUUUGUUGAUAACUGUUGGAGCUGUUUACAUCAAGGCGAAUGAAGCAUCUCGCAGAGAUAUUUUGAAAGACUUGGUUGAAAUGUGUAGAGGCGUUCAGCACCCUCUGAGAGGGUUGUUUCUUCGUAAUUACCUGUUACAGUCAACAAGGAACAUGUUGCCAGAUACUGGAGAAGAGGAACCAGUAGCUGACUCUGAGCACCAAGAUGGCACUGUGAAAGAUUCCAUAUCCUUUGUGCUUCUAAACUUUGCUGAGAUGAAUAAACUAUGGGUUCGCAUACAGCACCAAGGGCAUACACGAGAUCGAGAAAAAAGAGAGAGAGAACGGCAAGAACUGCGCAUUCUUGUGGGAACUAACCUUGUUAGACUGAGUCAACUUGAUGGGGUUAAUGUUGACACUUACAGGAAAAAUGUCCUUCCAGGAGUCUUUGAACAGAUAGUGAGUUGCAGAGAUCCAAUUGCUCAGGAAUACCUCAUGGAGUGUGUGAUUCAAGUUUUUCCAGAUGAAUUCCACCUGAGGACAUUAAGCAGCUUCCUUCAUGCCUGUGCAGAUCUUCAUGAAAGAGUGAAUAUCAAGAACAUCAUCAUAUCACUCAUUGACAGACUUGCUUUAUUUGCAAACAGAGAAGAUGGUGGGAUACCAAGUGAUAUAAGGUUGUUUGAUGUGAUGUCUGAACAGGUGUCUUCAGUUGUUCAGGCACGCGGUGAGAUGCCAACAGAAGACAUUGUUUCUCUUCAAGUUUCCCUGAUCAACCUUGCCCUGAAGUGUUACCCUGAUAGAGUGGACUAUGUUGACAAAGUUCUACAGUACACCUCUGAGAUCUUCAGCAAACUUGAUAUCUCUCAUAUGGACAAGAACAAUGCAGUUUCAAAGGAGCUGACAAGACUUCUGAAGAUCCCAGUGGAUUCCUACAGCAACAUUCUAACACUUCUUCAGCUGGAAUACUUUGUUCCUUUGUUUAAAUACUUUGACUUUGGCUCAAGGAAAGAGAUGUCGCUUUAUUUGAUUACCAAUGCUGUAGAGAGUGCAGUCACAAUUCCCACACAAGAACAGGUUGACUCAGUUCUGAACCUUGUCUCUGCAUUGGUUUGUGAUCAAGAAGACCAGCCAUCUGAAUCAGAUGACCCUGAAGAUUUUAUUGAGGAACAGAGUUUAAUGGGAAAAUUUGUAACACUGCUGAAAGGAGACAGUCCUGACCAGCAGUACUUGAUUCUCAACACAGCCAGAAAACAUUUUGGCAGCGGAGGAGAGAAGAGGAUAAAGUUCACACUACCUCCAAUCGUCUUCUCGGCAUUUCAGCUUGCAUACCAGUACAGAGAUGCUCAAGAAGAGGACGAUAAAUGGGACAAAAAGUGUCAGAAGAUUUUUCAAUUUUGCCAUCAGACGAUAGCAGCCCUCGCUAAAGCAGAAUACGCUGAGUUGUCGCUCAGGCUUUUCCUUCAGGGUGCACUUGCGGCCGACCAGGCUGGCUUCUCUAACGCUGAAACAGUCGCUUAUGAAUUCAUGAGCCAGGCUUUUGCAUUAUACGAGGAUGAAAUCAGUGAUUCAAAAGCCCAGCUGGCCGCCAUUACCUUGCUAAUAAGCACAUUCGAAAAGAUGAGCUGUUUCGGCGAGGAAAACCAUGAACCCCUGCGCACCCAGUGUGCUCUCGCUGCCUCUAAACUACUCAAGAAACCAGAUCAGUGCAGAGCAGUCGUUGUGUGUUCACACUUGUUCUGGUCUGGAAAAAGCCGGGAAGCCGACGGGGGAGAGUGUCGAGACAGCAAGCGAGUCACCGAGUGUCUAAAGAAAGCUCUUCGAAUCGCCAGUCAAUGCAUGGACAGUACCAUUCAGGUGCAGUUGUUCGUGGAAGUACUCAAUCGCUAUCUCUACUACUUUGAAAAGAAAGCAGACACGGUAACGGUUACGGUGGUAAAUCAGUUGCUGGAGAAAAUACGAGAGGUUCUUCCUGGUUUAGAGGGAACAGACGAGACGGAGCUGAUAAGAAAGCACUUCGAAAACACCGUGGCCCAUCUGCUGAUCAAGAAAGAAUCUCCUGACGAAGAUUCCCCUUCAUAUGAAGAGAUAAAGAUAUGAAAUUUAUUACCCAGUAGAUGAUUAUUAGCUAAAUAAGUACUUUAACCAGUAAAAUUGAAAGGGUGCUUCUAGACGGACUGACAACAUCAUAGACUACAGUAGAUGCCUCAUUUAGGGGAAGCCUUAAGGGCAGUAAUGAAUGUUCCAUGAACAUAGGCAUCCCCUAUGGUAGAGGGACCAAAGUUAAUGUUCCUAGAACGAGGGGUGUUUCGAGGUAUGUGGAUGGAAAAAAAACACCUUGUCAGGAUUUCUUUCUUGUCACUUAUUAAAGCCGCAACGUUUGGUUUGAAGUGAGACGUCAAGCCUUUUAUUUCACUUAAAUUGACUCAUGUAAUCGAAAUCAGAUCUUGCUGCAUUGUUCUUUCAAUACAAUUGCGAAGAAUUCAGGGAAGAAAAUUCAGAUGACUUUUCAAAGUUCGUUUGAGGUGGUUCAUCAGACCAGUACUUACCUGGUUCUCAAUUACCUUUGUUCAGUCUUUGCCAAAUAUCGCGAGGUUAAUACGUGGAAGGAAAAAAAGAGAUACGUAGGUCCGUUGUAGAAUUUUACGCGACUAGUGCAACCUUGUUGCAAGCGUUAAAUUCACGUUUAAUCAAGGGUACUGUACGUUUUCCACCCAGAAGACGUUGCGAUACUUCAGGGUGUCAGUGGCUCAGGGUACCAUACACUGAUUAGUAUUUGCGCGCGUGUUGCAGUGUGUCGUGCGACGUAAAAAAUUGAUAAACUUCUUAUGUUUAUAAAUGUUUGGUUAUAUUCAUCGGCUGGUCCAAAUCUUGAUGUAAGUUUAUCCGGUAAUUGUGGAUUCAAAUUGGGGAGCAGAAUGAAAUAACGAUGUUGGUCGCGCUCCACGCUCGAACUUCUCUUCACCUGACCUUAUCACGUGUAUAGCUUGUUGUGUGGCGACUAUGAAGGAGACUACGGGUUUCCAAGUCUAGAGAAGUGUUCUUUUUUUUAGUAGUGAAGAGUCAAAGAGAACCAAAUUUGAACAUGUCAAGUUGAAUAUUUUAAAAUUUGAUUUAAAGAUUGCAAGCAGAAUUUGUUUUCAUGGGUCAGGCAAAGAGCUUGUUUAUGUAUGUUGUAAAAAUUUUCCUCCAUAGUGACAUGGAAUCGCGGGCAGCGUUUCUGUGUUCUGUGUACACUUGCUUUCAGAGUAAGGCCACGGGCAAAUCCACUGUUGGGAACGUUCUAUUUCCUGAAGAAUAAAGAUCAUAUUCUUGAGAACCGUCGUUUUAAAAUGCUUUUGAUUUGACAGACAUUUUUCGAGACAGCAAAACACCCUGGCACAAGACUGUGAUAGCCUUCUCAAGAAACUCUGGUAUCCAUGCUCGCUUAUUUCUUGUUAAUGCGUUAGGUAAAGUUAGUGAUCUUUUUUCUAGUGAUACGUUAACUGAAGUAUAAUACCGAUGUAAAUUCAAAAAUUCUUCAAAUAAAUAUGGAUUUUUAAUUA